AUGGUUAUUGAGGUUUUUCCUUAUUGUCUGUCGUUCUGUGCUGUAGUUAAUUUGAACUCAAGAUUUAAAAUUAAGAUAUAUGCCUAUCAUAGAAGUUUUAAUGGAUUUGCAGCAAAGCUCAAUGAACAAGAGAGACAAAAGCUUGCCAGUAAGGAAGGUGUAGUAUCUGUUUUCCCAAGUAGAACUAUCCAACUUCAUACAACUAGGUCUUGGGACUUCAUUGGUUUAUCCAAGGCUGCGAAAAGAAUAGCUGGGGCUGAGAGUGAUCUUAUUGUUGGUGUUUUUGACACUGGAAUAUGGCCAGAAUCUGAAAGUUUUAGUGACGAAGGAUUUGGCCCUCCUCCUAAGAAAUGGAAGGGUGUUUGUAAAGGAGGCAAUAAUUUUACAUGCAACAACAAGAUCAUUGGUGCUCGAUUCUACUCAAAUAUAACUAAUUCAGCGAGGGACACACAAGGACAUGGGACACAUACAGCCUCCACAGUUUCUGGUAACUUAGUAUCUAAUGUGGGAUUUUAUGGGUUGGCCCAAGGGAAUGCAAAAGGAGGUGUACCAUCAGCAAGGAUUGCAGCUUACCAAGUUUGCAUUGAACGAGGUGGUUGUGAUGGAAGUGUUGUCCUUGCUGCUUUUGAUGAUGCAAUUGCGGAUGGAGUGGAUAUCAUCUCAAUCUCGGCAGGAUCGAGUGCAUUCCUUGAUUUCGAUUCAGAUUCCAUCGCAAUUGGUGCAUUUCAUGCAAUGCAGAAGGGCAUCCUCACAUCACAGUCUGCAGGAAAUAGUGGUCCUAGUAAGCUAUCAACAGGAAGUGUUGCACCUUGGAUACUGUCUGUAGCAGCAAGUAGUACAGACCGCCAUAUCAUUGAUAAGGUUGUCCUUGGGGAUGGAAAGGUCAUCAUGGGUAAUUCCAUUAAUCCUUUUACUUUAAAUGGAACAAACCAUCCAAUUGUAUACGGAAAAGGAGCUGAAGGAGGAACAUCUGAUGAAGAUAGUGCUCGACACUGUUUCUUAGAUAGAGAUGUGGUGAAGGGAAAGAUUGUGGUGUGUGAUACGUACUUAACCGCAGGAGAAAAUGCACAGUUUGGUGGUGCUCUAGGGGCCAUAUAUUCAGUUGAUGGAUUUGACGACUAUUCUAUAGUAUUCGUUUUACCUGCAAUACAUUUAAACACCAAAACUGCAAAGAAGGUCAUUUCUUACAUAAAUUCCACCAAAAACCCAACGGCAAACAUCUUGAAAAGUGAAGCAGUAAAUGAUUCAUCAGCCCCAAAUGUUAUUUCAUUCUCUUCCCGUGGUCCUAAUGGCAUUACACCAGAUAUCCUCAAGCCAGAUAUAAGUGCCCCAGGGGUAGAUAUCUUGGCUGCAAUUUCACCUUUAGCUUCACCGUCGAAUACUUUUGAUGAUGAAAGGAGGGUGAACUACAGUAUAUUAUCUGGGACCUCCAUGGCGUGCCCUCAUGCUACUGGUGCUGCAGCUUAUGUUAAAUCUUUUCACAAUGAUUGGUCACCUUCUGCCAUCAAAUCUGCACUCAUGACCACUGCUUGGAAGAUGAAUUCCACCAGAAACCCGGAUGCUGAGUUCGCUUAUGGUGCUGGCAAUAUCGAUCCACUGAAAGCUAUAAAUCCCGGUCUGGUAUACGAAAUCCUAAAUGAUGACUACAUCAAAUUCCUCUGCAGUAUAGGCUGGGAUACCAAGAGGGUUAGACUUAUAUCAGGAGGAAAUAACAGCAGUUGUCCUCAAGGCACUAAAGGAUCACCAUUGGAUCUCAAUUAUCCAUCAUUGACAGCUUAUCUUAAACAACACGAUAAGCCUUUUGUUAUUAAUUUUACAAGGACAGUUAAGAAUGUUGGUUCAGAAAAUUCCAUAUACAAGGCAUCAGUUACUUCCAAUUUUAAGAUUACAGUCAGUGUUGAGCCUAAUGUUCUGUCUUUCAAAUCAUUGAACGAGAAUAAAUCAUUUAAGGUGACUGUUUCGGGAAGUAAAUUGGAACCAAUGUCUAUGGCAUCUGCAUCACUAGAGUGGUCCGAUGGCACUCAUACUGUGAGAAGUCCAAUUGUUGUGCACUCAUUUUCAGAGGCUUCUACAUAGUCAUUUGUGUCAAGAUCUGAUUAAAGAUUGGAGGCAUAUAAUAUAAAUCAGUUUCAGAUGAAAUGUAGAAUGUUAUUUGGAUAUUAAAAUUCAAUAAUAUAACAGAUCAUGUUGAU